AGAAAGACUGAUCAGGAAGGCAAGAAGGAGCUGCUGCCUGUUCCAGGGCGACCAGCCACCAAAGUUUGAAAGCAGCAACUCCGGAAGAUUAAAGAGAUAACCUGUACAGAACAGAAGGUGAACAGACCCAGCACAGUGGGUGGUUGAGUUCAGAGCAUGGAUUCCAGAGUCAGACUUCUGGGGUUCAAAUCCAACUCCCGGCAAGCCCUUCACCUUCUCUGUGUGGGAUUCGGCAUCUAGAAAGGUUGAGAUUCCAUUCCCUAAAAGGGAACAAAAACACAGUGACAUCAUGGAGAAAUUACCCACCCCUCCACCUUCAUAAGGUCUUCGCUCCUACCCCAACUGCCACCCAGACACAACUCCAGAGCUGCAGGACAUGUUCCAGGGAAGCAGGAAGUCAGGUCUAGUUUCUGGACUAACUUGAGAUUUGGAUCGCUUAACCAUGAAGAUGGACAAUGCAGUCUGUUUUUUGGCAAAGAACCCAUGGCUUGUUAAUACUGAACCUCAGAGUUGGGGCGCAGGGUGAGCCCACAUACACUCUUUGGAGCACAAAGACACCUUCCAGGAUCACUGCUCCAGCAGUAACCCGAGAGGCAUGUUUACACAGGGAGGUGCUGAAGAAUUUCCCUGGGAGCGUGGAGCAGGCUCAAGGUGCUGCUGUACCAUUCUUGCCCACCUUGGCGGGUGGGGUGGACCCCAUAGCCCCUCCUUCUCCAAUUUCAGACUUUGAAUACACUAUUCAGGACCCUGGAACAAUGGCAUGUCUUCAGGAGCACAUUCCCCAGUGUGACUUACAGUUCUUUUGAAGCUACUGUUGAGCUGCUUCGGAUCCUUUAGAAUCAGUUGUUGGCACUGUCUUCCCUCCGACUUCAGCUCCUCCAGUAUUACCCGAAAUCCUUUCAGGAAUUCGAUGCCUAAGCAAAGCAGAAUGCUUUUAUUAAUAGUGAACCUAAUUACUUCUGAACACACUCUUCUUCCUCCAAGAUUACCAUCUUCUCUACCUACACACCAGAGUUAAAGGAAUUCUAACUGUGGCCAGGGUAUCUGAGUCUAUAGAAUGGAAAAAACACAUCCCCUGCAUUCCUCUGGUAAAGACCAGGUGAUUUUCUCCAUCCCACCAUUACUAAUUAAUCCCUAAUCCAGCCAGCUAUUUCAUAAAUACCUAUUGCCUCUCUGGCAUUAGGGUUCAAAUAUUUAGACUCCAGUUACAAUUGGUCAUAAAAAGUCUGAAGUGGAAUAUAUAAUUUCUAGGUCAUUACACAGAAUACAUUUGGCUGAUGAUAAUUCCCAGUGUUGACUAGGGAAUCCCCCAAAACCAUGUUUCCACUUUAAGUUUUAGCUCUACAUUUUUUGGCACAUCUCACUGAGCAACAUACAAAAUUCCCAACAAAUUGUGUCUGCACCCAAGGGGUUCUGAGGCUUGAGAUUAAAUAGCUUAGGGGAAUGCCUGUGUGAUUUACAAAGCGGUUCUUGCUCUAAUCAUGCCUGAAAGGCAGACACCCAAGGGUUGCCCAGUGUGUGCUCUUCAUACAGCCUCCGAGGCCCCGAGACACCCACAGCGCCGCUGAAAGACACCAGCCCAGCCUCCUGCCACCUGAGCUCCCCCCACUGCACGUCCGACUAGAUGCUUUCAAAAGGAUUAAGCUCUGACGGUCACAAGCGCCAGCACCGGGUUUGUGUAUCCCACGGAGACUGAAGUGGUCCAACUGCAGCUGGAGAGCCCCAAAGCCUGCCGCAAUGGCAAGAUAUCGAUUUCACAUUCCUUCUGAACAUUUUCAACCCUUCCCCUCCCAGGACAAAAGUAAUUACACAGGAUGCAAUUAACCAGGUUCAUCUUAUCAAAAUAAACAGGGCAUGUCUGAAGGUGGCCAAAUCCAUUCUGUUAAAGAUGUGUGCCUCAAAAGCCCAAAAAUAAGACAUGAGAGGUUGACUACUGCUUGGAAAACUGUAAGAUGCUACAGAGGAAUGAUUUGUAGCACCACCACCACCACCCACUCAUCCCAUGUUAAAUUCCAGGGCAGUGUUGGGAGGAUCUUAUACAGUGUGGAGUUUGUGUGUGUACCUGGCAUUAACUUUUUUUAAACCUAAAUCAGUAAUUAUUUACAUCAAUUCAACCAAUUUUCAGCAUUAAAGAGUGAUAUGAAACAAAACAAUCGCUAAA